AUGUCUGCGCCACACGACGCCACGCAUGAUGUGUCAGCCAUUGUCAUCGCCUUUCUCACCGCCUAUGAAGUGAAGCCAAACUAUGGAGGCAUGAUAACCUUGGAAUGCCCGUUGAUGCGAACGGACCGACCGAUCCGCUUCAAUGUCGUGACAUUGGCCCGGAUGCUUUCCAGACGUGUUAUGACCGGGAUAAGCCUUGAACUAGACCCUCUUUCCGUAGUGCUGGCCCUCUCCGCAGUGCUGAUGAGUUGGGCUGCUGUCAACCUUGGGAGUCCUCGAACAAAAGGGGGAGACAACGCGAGAAAACAAUCCGGAACCUAG